UUUUUUUUUUUUUUUAAAAAAGAUGUCUGCACCCGUACAAUCAGCAGCAACAAAGACGGUGUUCCGCAAAUUUCUUGAUUCCCCUGCAGGACCCAAGACCAUUCAUUUUUGGGCACCAGCCAUGAAAUGGUGUUUGGUCAUUGCUGGUAUUGGAGAUAUGCAACGUCCUGCCGAGAAAUUGAGUGUGAGUCAAAACCUUUCUUUGAUGUUGACUGGCCUUAUUUGGUCUCGUUAUUCCAUGGUGAUCACACCCAAGAAUUACUCAUUAUUAGCUGUCAAUGUCUUUAUUUUCGGUACCAGUAGUAUUCAAUGUAGUCGUAUCUGGAAGUAUCGUCAAUCCGAAGAAUACAAGCAAAAACAAUUAUUAGAGGAAAAAGCAUAAAUCUUUUUUUUUUUUUUGUUAUCAUUAAAAAAAAAAAAAAAAGAAAAAAAACCCGAUUUUUACCGUGCUUUUUGUGUUUAUUUCGGACCCCAGGUUUAUAGAUGAUUAUAAUAUAAAUAAAAAAAAAAAAAA